UUUGUAUUAAGUGUAUUUAUCUGGAUCUGUGAAAUGAUCUUGAACAGCCGGCUGAUUUCAUGUCAAACUAGUAAAUACUUUGUUCGUGCUUUAAUACAUAAUGCGAAAUGGCUGACAAAACGAAUGUAACAUCGCACGAAAAGACAAACAAUUCACCUAAUACACUUUCAAAUUCAAAUUUUGUUGUUGUUAAGAGUGCAACAGAAAGUAUUUGUUAUAAAACAAAAGAUAAUGUUGGAGAGGCGAACGAAUUAACAAAACCAGUACCGGUUGCAUGUACCGCGGAAGAGAAAAUAUUCAGCAGAGAAAAUAGUCCGUUUGAAGUUGAAGUUUCUUUGCGAUCACAUCACCAAGGACCAAAGACAAAUUCUGCUGAGGUUGAAAAACAUAAGAAAUGUGUUAAUGAGGAUAACUUACAAGAAACUGUUACUGGAGUAUAUGACGUUUCAACGCUUUCAGAUUUAGAACCAGAUUAUGAGAGUAAUAGUUAUGGUAAAUCAAAAUUUGUAAGUGAGGAAACUUUAGAUUUUUCAGUAGAAAUCAACAGUGCAAAUGGAAAGACGCCACAUUUACGCCAAGAGAUAAAUGAAUUAGAGAGAAAAGAUACUACAAUUAGAAGAAAAAUACACGAUGUGAAAGUUGAAAUCGGACACACACAAGAAUCUUUGAAGCAAAAUUCAAAUAACAACACUGCAGAUUAUUGCGAGAAAUCCUGUGCACAAGAAUCUUUUGAAACACCUUCAGGUGGCGAAACCUCGACAGAAAAAUUGAAAAUGAAUUCAGAUAUGUUACAUAAUGAAAACAAGUCGUCAAACAAUGAAAGGAAUAAGGACACCAACGGUUCUCUAUUUAAACAUGAAACUACAGGAAAGAAUGAAUCUCCAGAUAAAGAAAUGUUGUUCAUGUCAAAGCAUUCAAACAUUGCAAGUUUUAACAGUUUACCUCGUGUUAUAAAACCAGACGAACAACAGCAAAAUCCAGCUACACUGCGCGGAAAAUUGUAUUGCCAAAGUCACAACGAAAUUGUCAAAUUUUGGUGCUUGGAAUGCAAGUCUUCAAAAUGCGAAAUAUGUGUUAACAUUUUCCGCAAAGGACCUUGUGUUGGGCACCCUUUAAGAAGUCUAAAACUGCAUACUAGUAUUGAGGUAUAA